ACGUCAGUGAAAGUUAAACAGAACACCGAGGAAAAAUAUGUGGCAUUUACUUUCUCUUGCGAGCACGCUGCUAAUAAAUUGCAAUUGUGUUGACAGUGCUACUGAGUCAGCCAUCCGUCGAGAAGAGUUUGAAAACCUCAAAACUACAGUUAACCAUCUGAAAAAAUUGGCAGAAAAGCAAAGUUCCCGUAACAAAAGGCUCGAAUCAGUUAUAGAGAAGCAAGACAGGAAAAUACAUGAUCUUCAAGCAAUCGUUUCUCGAUGUGCAGAACUUGGGCAGCGACAAGAGAAAGAUAUUUCACCACAGUCGGAGCAGAUGCGUCAACUCGCCAGCUUUGUCUGGCGACAUAAAAACACUGAAGACAAUGUCAAAAUUCCUGCAAUCGAGAGAAGACAGUUUAUGUCUGCAUUAAAGGUUAAAAGAUACGAACCAAACACGGUUGCCUUUUUUGCUAUAGUCUCUGUAGUUUCUUUGGAUCAUCUAGGGGGUCAUCAAAACAUCGUUUUUGAUGAGAUCGUCACAAAUAUUGGAAAUGGUUAUAACAAUCAACAUGGAGUGUUCAUCGCCCCUGUUAGUGGCCUCUACCUUUUCACAACCAGUAUACAGUCAAGACAAAACAUGGAAUUCUGGGCAGGCAUUGUGGUGAAAGGACGUGUCAUCGUACGGCUUAAUGAGCGUGGUACGGAUGGUAGACAUGGACGCGGGUCUCAAACUAUAAUUAUAAGUCUAAACAAAGGUGAGCUUUAUUUCAACUUAAAUAUCAACGAUUUUAAACUUGAUCAAUCAGUUAAGUUGACAAAAUUACAUACACGAGAUGAUGUAGCUAUACAAAACGAACAUAAUGAUGAUUCCUUCUUCGGUUUAAAAUACUCCAGCUUUGGUGGCUAUCUCAUACAGGAACUUGUAUCGGAAACGUCUUCAAUUGUCGGAUAA